AUGGUGCCACCAAGAACCAAUAAUUUCAGGAAACAGGGGAAAACCAAUCAAAGUGGCGGCAGAAAUCAGUAUAUACCUAAAUUUAUAUCCGUCGCUCCUUGGUAUAAAGAGAGUAAUAAUGAAAACGAUAACGACACCAUUGAUGAGGAUAAUUAUAGCAAAAAUCUUGGUGGCGAUGAUGAUGAUGGCAAUAAAGAAAAGAAGGAUUAUUUAGCUCAUCAGCGAAACGACCCAACACUGAAACCUAAGAAUUUUGCAAUAUCUAAGCACGGAUUUGGAAUUAAUGAUUUAUUUGAGGAGAUUGUUGAUGAGAAUAUAGUAGAAUUUGAUAAAAAUCGAAAUAAAAAUAAAAAUAAGAGAAACAGUAAAACUGAAAAAUUUAAUAAAAAUAAAAGAAACAAGAGAUUUAAUUCUAAGAAUGGGGUUUAUUGUACGAAUUGCGGUUCAGUAAAUCAUAUAAAAAAGGAUUGUCUUGAGAGGCCAAAUAAGAUUAAUAUCAAUUUUCGAGAAAAAGAGAAGGAGGAGGAGGAUAAUGAUGCUGAUGAUCUUAUUUUUAAUACUACUAAUCACAAUAUACCCAACAACAAAAAGCCCAGAAAAGAAAAAAAGAAUAUAAUAAGGAUAAGAAAAGAAGAGGCAGAUAAUUACAAUAGUAAUAAAAAAGAUAAUUAUGAUUCAAGGAGGGAUCGGUGGUAUGGAUAUGAUAUAAGCAAUUGGGAAAGUGAAUUGAAAACAUGGGAAGAGAAUGAUAUUAAGAAAAAGGAGAAACUCAAAUUGGAAGAAAUUGAUAGAUUGAUUAGAUCAAUUGAGAAAUAUGAUGGUGAACCAAACGAUGAUAGCUUUAUAGAAAAUACAGAGCUGUAUUUUAAUUCAAGUUCGGAUGAGGAAAUUGAGUUACAAGAGUUGGGACUACUAGAGAAUGAUUUUAAAUCAAAAAUCGAUAGUGAGAAGGCAUCAGGAGAAAAAAUUAUAAGGAUCUUGGAGGAUAAAGCAAGUUAUCUUUACGGAGUCAAUUCGAAGCCGCAAAAAUACAACGAAAACGAGGAUAUUGAAUUAUCAUAUAAUCCCAAAACAAGAUCUAUCAGAGAUGUGAAUACAGGAUACAUCAACAACAACAAUCUAUUUGUAAGGCAUUUGAAUGGAGAGGCAGCCGAGUACGAGAAAUUAAAGACAUUUGCGUGGGACAGCAACAAAAGAGCAAUGAACCAGAUGCUGCAAAUGACCCAACUUAGCGAAACCGAGGAACCCCAAAAUGGCAGUGGAAGCAACAGCAACAGCAACAGCAUUGAAGGAGAAGCAGUGUCCAAGCUUGACCCCACCAAUCAUCCCGAAGCCAGCCCAACAGCAUUUAUAGUUGAGAUGAAGAAGAAAAAGGAGGAGUUGGGCAAGAAAUCAGCACGGCAGUCGUACAUCCUGAGGUAUCUUUGA